CAGUCUGGGUGGGAUCCCCCACUAUCCCAGUUUGUUUCAAGCUCUGUCCAGCCUGGUGUUAGACACCUCCAGGGAUCCAGGGGCAGCCACAGCUCCUCUGGGCACCCUGUUGGCUUCCCCACCCUCACAGGGAAGAAUUUCCCCCCACUAUCCCAUCUAAUCCCAUCUGCCCUCUGGCAUUAUGAAGCCAUUCUCUCUUGUCAGGGGUCCUUCUCAUUAUAACCUGUUAUCUCUCCUGGUGGUGACUUGAGGGCAUGAUAUUGGUGGUACAGAAAUGGGACAAUCCAGGCAAAGUGCCCCACAUCCAAGUAAUGGAGCUGGGAUUUACAUGUGGCUGUAAGGCUUUUAAAACCAGUCCAGACCAAUAUGGAAAUAAGUUGGGAAUGGGUGUGAGGUGACUUGGCAGAGUUUUGGGGUAAAAAAAAAUCAAAAGCCAAUGUCACCAGGGUUCUGCUGGGCCGUGCCUUGCAGGGGGGACAACGUGGUUGUAGGAGAAAUGAGUAAUACCUGAUGAUGCAGGACAGAAAAGCACCUCAGAAAACCUCCGGGCUCGUGGGGCUGUGUGUGCUAAGAACCACGCUGGAGGAAACGACAGAGAGAGGAAGGGGAAAGCAGAGCCGCUUUCGGGAAGCCGGCCCCCUGCCAAGCCCCAAGCCGCGUUUUAUCGGCAGCGCUGCCAGCUCAGCAGGGACAGGGGUCGGGCAAAACCGCGGCGACCCCGGGGCCGCCCGUGCCGCCGCACUUCUCCAAUUUCCCAGCUCAAAUAGAGGGAUGCUGCGGGGCCAGGCGGGGCCGGCAUGGCUGUGCGGGCAGCCCUGCUGCUGGGGCUGCUGCUGCUGUCCCACCAGCCUGGGGACACAGCAAUCCUGGAAGCCAACGGCAACCUGAGCUGCCGCUGCCUGAAGAGCACCCGAGCCUUCAUCCCGCCGGCCAAGUACAGCAGCAUCGAGGUGCGGCCCGUGGGGAGCAGCUGCCGGCGGCCCGAGGUGGUGAUUAAGCUGAAGAGCCAGAAGAGGGUCUGCGUGGAUCCCGACACCCUUUGGGUGAAGAAGCUCUUGCAGGACCUCCCUCACCUGAGGAAGAACAAGGCUCUCCGCUGAGGAAGCUGCCACCAGAGGCACAGCCAGAUGUGCUGGGCCCAAAACUGCCUCCCUUCCCCAUGCUGCUGAUGCCUUACCCGAGUCCAGAGGGGGGCAUGCUGCUGCCUGAGCCCCUUUUCAUGCCUUUAAACCCUUAAAACUGCCCAUCCCUGCUUCCAGCCUCUCCCAUCCAGAAGCCAUGUGCUGGGUGUCCCUUUUGGGCAUGACCCAGCAGGCCCAAUAAAGUGGCAGCCCUCUG